AUGGCUACCUCGAUCGCAUUGCAAGCCCUACCGAGUGAGCUCAUCGGUGCCAUCUGCAGGCUUCUUCCCAAUCGCGACAUCAAAAGUCUACGUUUGACCUGCCGAUAUUGGAGACAGAACUCACUUUUGCGGUUUGACCGCCUCUUUAUCUCGGCCAGCCCGCGUAAUGUAGAGGUCUUGUUCGCUGUCGCCAAUCACGACAUCUUUCGACAUCGCGCCAAGGAGAUCAUCUGGGAUGAUGCUGUCUUGGAGCCUGUUUCAAGUAAGGAAGGCGACGGUCCUUGUGGUUACAGCUCAUAUGAGACCGAUCGGGAUGCUGAUUCUGAAGAGAAAGGACGAAUCUCAAGGCAUUUCGUGCGUCUUUGUAGAGACAGUAUGUUUGAUGGCACGUUGCGUCUGAGGGACAAACCCAAAGAGGUGAGGGAGAAAUACAUGAAAGGCCAAAUGAAUGAUCUCUUGCCCUCAAGAGAGCCACUGGCCUAUUACAGCCGUCUUCUCCAAGAGCAGAGUGACAUCCUAGAGUCAGGCGAUGACGAAGCUGCGCUUCGGUACGCAGUGCAGAGAUUCCCUCGGCUCACAAAGGUUACCGUUACACCAGCGACGGAUGGGGUUUUAAUCACGCCGCUAUAUGAAACACCGAUGGAGGCCGAGGAUGAGAAGAGCCAGUGGCGUGGGUUCCGUAUCAUUACACGGGUCUUGGCCCAGGCUGAGAAUUGUCAGAUCUCCGAGCUGGUGUUGGACAAUAAUAAGCUUCCCACUGGACUCAAUCACUUUGUGUUUGAGGAGCCAAACGAAGAGUACGAUGAUCUUUGCAGGACCGUUCAGAGACCCGGCUUUCGACGCAUUGUCCUUUCUCUGCUGGUCGGUUAUUUCUUCGACUGCGAUGCCGAGGACUGGGACUUCUAUCGCAACGGGAGAAUCUCCAAUCUUCUCGCCAAAGCUCCUGAUCUCCAAGAGGUCGUGCUACAAACUAAUUAUCCUGUGGAUGCGACCUCAUGUAGCGGUAGGAUGAAGGAUUUUGUCUCCCUAACGAACAUUUUCCCUAUUGACAAAUGGUCAAGCGGUGGUCUAAAGCAUUUCGGACUUUCUGAAAUGCAAGUAACCUAG